UUUGGCUUCCUCUCUCGCCCUCAUUCUUCUCUCAGUCUAUGCCUGUCCCCCUGAGUUUGGUGCGGUAAUGACAGCAGUGUAUAGAGCAGGAGGAGGUUGAUCAGCUGGAAUACAGCACAGGACGGUGAAAGGAAAGGACCGAGUCUUGAGUCGGUCGUCAGCGGGGGGGAGAGAUCACGUGUGACUGGGGACCAUGACGACAGAGGUGGGAUCUGAGACGGAGGUGAGGAAAGAGCCGGAGAAGGCAGAGGAGCAGCCUGCAGCACCUGAAUCAGAACCAGCAGCCACCAACCAGACAGACGAGGCCAAGGCCGCAGAGCAGUCCGCCAACGACCACCCCGCUCCAGCCACCGACUCAGCUGAGGCCCCCGCAGAGGCCAAGGAGAAGCAGGAGGAGGCCCAGCCCGCCGACAACGCCACACCACAGGAGGGCGAGGACACCCCAGCCUCACCACCAGCCUCAGAGAAGAAAGGGAUCUCCAGGUUCCUCCCUCCAUGGCUUAAGAAGCAGAAGUCUCAGAGCCAGGUGGGACCCAAAGAGAGCCAGGCUGCACCCAAGGAGGAGGCAGGCGUUGCCUCCGUGAAGGAGGAGGACGGUGAGAAGGGGGAGCAGGCCGAGGCAGAGCAGACGUCAUCGCCCACAGCAGCCCAACCACAGGUGGAAGAAGAGAAAAUUAACGGAGAGCCGAAACCAGAACAGAAAGAGGAAGUGAAAUCGGAGGAAAAAGAGGAGGAGAAUCAUUCCACUGGCAGUGCAGACACUCAGCCUGCUAAGGAGGAGAAAGCAGCAGAGGAAUCUCAGGAGAAGAGCGCAGCAGAAGAGGAGAACAAGGAGGCAGAGGAAGGAGGAGAGGAGAAGAAAGACGAGGAAGAGAGCCCGAAGCCUGAGGGUGGACAUUCUUUUAUCAAGUCACCACUGAAACUGACCAAGAAGGUGAAGAUGGUGAUGUGUCAUGUGACCAUGCUUGAUGGAAGCCAGUUCCCCUGUGAGGUGGAGAAACGGGCGAAAGGCCAGUACCUGUUCUUUAAAGUGUAUGAAGCCCUGAACCUACUGGAGAAGGACUACUUUGGGUUGAGUUACAAAGACAACGCUGACCAGACGUGCUGGUUGGACCCUACAAAGGAGAUCAAACGUCAGAUCCGCAAUGCCACCUGGCAGUUUGCGUUCAAUGUCAAGUUCUACCCCCCUGAUCCAUCCCAGCUGACCGAGGAUAUUACCAGAUAUCUCCUGUGCCUUCAGCUCCGACAGGACAUAGUGUCGGGGCGUCUGCCCUGCUCCUUCGUCACCCACUCCCUGCUGGGUUCCUACGCCCUGCAGGCCGAGCUGGGAGACCAUGACUCCGGCGAGCACCGCCUCGAUUACAUCAGCGACUUCCAGUUCGCCCCCUCACAGACCAAGGAGAUGGAGGAGAAGGUGGUGGAGCUCCACAAAACUCACAGAGGGAUGACUCCUGCUCAAGCAGAUGCCCAGUUCUUAGAAAACGCUAAGAAGUUGUCGAUGUACGGUGUGGAUCUCCACCACGCCAAGGACUCUGAGGGAGUGGACAUCAUGUUGGGAGUGUGUGCCAACGGCUUGCUGAUCUACAAAGACCGACUCCGGAUAAACCGCUUUGCCUGGCCCAAAAUCCUCAAGAUUUCCUACAAACGCAGCAACUUCUAUAUCAAAAUCAGGCCGGGAGAGACAGAGCAGUUUGAGAGCUCUGUGGGCUUCAAGCUGCCCAACCACCGCGCUGCCAAGAGGGUCUGGAAGGUCUGUGUGGAGAAUCACACCUUCUUCAGGCUGAUGACUCCAGAAGCACCCAUUAAAGCCAAGUUUCUCACGCUGGGCUCCAAGUUCCGAUACAGUGGGCGGACCCAGGCCCAGACACGACAGGCCAGCACCCUCAUCGACAGGCCGGCACCCUACUUCGAGCGCACCUCCAGCAAGCGUAUCUCACGAAGCCUGGAUGGAGCUCCAAUGAUUAACGUGACCGAGGCCCAGGAGUCAGCCCCCACCUCUUGGGAGAACGGCAGGGAGCCUGGCCUGGAACUCUCCUCUGACUCCAAGGUAGAGGAGGAGCCUAGCGAAGGGGCGGCGGCCACACCUACUGAGGGCACUGAGAUGAAAGGAGAUGAGCCAGACUUCUCCCAACAGAGCGGAAGGUUGAGAGUGCAGGGGGAAAAUAUAUAUGUCAGACAUAGCAAUUUAAUGUUGGAGGACCUGGAUAAGACUCAGGAGGAUGUUUUGAAACAUCAGGCUAGCAUUAGCGAGUUAAAGCGCAGUUUUAUGGAGGCCACCCCUGAGCCGCGUCCCAGUCAGUGGGAAAAGCGCCUCACAGCCAGCCCGGCUACCAGCCUGCGUCUGCAGGCCCAAGGGAGCUUGGAAGAGGAAAUGACCUCCAUUUUAUUCAGUAAAUUUGCCUGCGAGUCUGGUCUGGUUGAUCCCGGCUGCACUACCACUAGGCGAGCAGCAGAGGGCGCUGUAGUCACUGCGUCUGGCCCUCUGGCCUCGGCUCUACUCACUACCGAGGUGCUCCUCAGUACAGAUGAAUCAAAGCCAACAAAACAUCAGAGAUGCCCCCCAUCCAGAACCCAGGAGCCUCUCCCUGACCUCACGGUGGACACGGUCGCCAAGAGCGCAGAUGAUAAACAGAAAUCCGGCGAGGCGGCAUGGCAGGCAGCAGAAGUUGAGAUAGAAGAGACGGUAGUCGUCGAGGAGAUCAGGGUGGCCCCCAAAGGUUCCGUCACCAUAACCACUCCUGAGGUGAUCACCCACGUCGCCGUGGAGUCUGAGGUCGAGAAGCCCAAGGACGAAGUUAUGGAAGAGCAGAAGAGGCCUGUGAGCGUGUCCUCGGACAGUGAGGAAGAGGAGGAGGAGGAGGCGGGGGAGUACCAUCCGCAAGUCACCGUCAGCGCCUCAGUUGACCAGAUCAAAGAAGAGCCCGAGGAAGAAGGGGAGGAGGAGGAGGAACAGCAAGUCAAUGAAGAGCCAGCUGCAGAACCACUCCCAGAGCCAGUGGUCGAGGUAAAGGCCCAGCCUGUCCCUGCAGUAGUGGAAGAAAACUCAGCGACAGAACCACAACUAGCCCCUGUGGCGGAGGAGAGCCCCGAGGACAUCCUGGUUACCCCUGACGAGGCCCCUAAUGGGCACGCCGAGUCCCCCGAGGGCCAUCCCGGCCCCGUGGCCCUGGAAGAGGAGGAGGAGGAGGAGGAGCCCAGAGUCAAUGGGGACGCGUCUCACUCCGAGACAGAGCGCCUCCCCCAGGUUAUUUGUUGCUCUGAGCCACCUGUGGUGAAGACCGAGAUGGUGACCAUCUCAGACACGUUUGCGGCCCAGAAGACCGAGAUUGCCACUAAGGAGGUUCCCAUCGUGCACACCGAGACAAAGACCAUCACGUACGAAGCUGCACAGCUGGACGGCAGCGGAGACGGCGAACCAGGCGUUCUCAUGACGGCCCAAACCAUUACCUCGGAGUCACUGUGCACCACCACCACCACACACAUCACCAAGACAUUAAAAGGCGGUCUCUCAGAAACCAGGAUCGAGAAGCGCAUUGUCAUCACCGGAGACUCGGACAUCGACCACGAUCAGGCCUUGGCCCAGGCUAUAAAGGAAGCCAAAGAGCAGCACCCUGACAUGUCAGUGACUCGGGUGGUGGUCCACAAAGAGACAGAGCUGGCAGAGGAGGGCGAGGACUGAGGCGCCAGAGCUGAGAGCCUGUGAAGUUCAUACUUGGAUGUUUGAGAACCUCCUGUCAUCUCCCAAACCGAGAGUCAACCUGGUGGGAAGAUUGUCGGACAACCCCGAGGCUGAACUCCUGUGUUUCAUUGCACACGUUCCUUCUUUUUUUUUUAUCACUCAGAAGAAAACCACUUAGCUAACAUUUGUAGCGUGUUUAAAUUGUUUUGUGCUUUUUGCAAAAAUAAGAAAAAAAAUUCUGCCAUUAUUAGAACCAGACAGGAUUUAUCAAGUGGUCAUUUUUAUUGUUGAGUAGUAUUCACAUUCCUAGUAUGUACAGACGGGUAAUGUUAUGAGAAAGUCAUUUCAAUAUCUAUCUUCCUGUAUUCAUGCAGUUGCAGGUGGACAGGUAUUAUAUUAUAUUAGCUUUGGUCCUGGUCUUCUUCCAUGUUCUCUUAGAGUCAAAUGUUUAUCAGUUUCUGGGGACAAGGAGUAACAGCAAAUUGUAUUUAAUUGGGUGAGUUUCCAAGGGACUAGCAAAGGACGAAGCGCUGUGUCAUUUUGUACAUUGCACUACAGUGCCAACACAUGUUCUUCUCUAUGCAGUCAUAACUAAAACAUUCCAUUAAAGGGCAGGUGCUUUUCCUGUACCUCCCUCAGAAAAAACACAACAAAAUUGACAUUUAAAACAUGAAACACAUAGGCAGCUUGGAAACUUUUGCUUUUCCAUAACUUUCUGGCAUCAUUAAUCAGAAAUAUAUUUGUAGAAACAUAUAUAUUUUUUUGCUAUCUUUCUUUGUCAAUCAGUAAACUGAUUUAGAUUAUGUGUUUUUUUUUGCCCCUUCUUAAAUAUUUUUAAUAUAUUUCAGAGGUUUUUUGACAACUAAAAGAAAUACACAAAAUUGCCACUGUUUUUAUCUUUUACCUGUAGGUAAAGAAGAUGGCUGCCCUUAGCUCUCUCUGCAAUCUGACAAACCUCACCAAACCCAAUGACGAUGUCAAUUUGCUAUUUGGGCCCAGUGUAUAGCAAAUAAUCUUAGAUUUUUAGCAGCUUUAAAAUGUUGUCUCCCCCACAGCCACCCCACCCUCUGUGUAACACUGUUGAAAUAAAAUGUUGUUAUUCUCUGA